GUGGGAGGUGGGCGGGGCUUGCUGUGCUGGAAUGUGGCGGCGGCGGCGCGGGCGGCGGCGGCCCAGGUGCUGAUCCCCGGCUGCUCCCCGCUCCCCACACCCUGCGCUGGCAGCACCGGGGCGGCUCCCGCUCCRCAGAGCCCCGCAGCCAUGUCCACCUUCCGCCAGGAGAGCGUGGAGGAUUUCUAUGAGAUGGGGGAAGAGCUGGGCAGCGGCCAAUUCGCCAUCGUCCGGAAAUGCCGGGAGAGGAAAACGGGCCUGGAAUACGCGGCCAAGUUCAUCAAGAAGCGGCGGCUGUCGUCGAGCCGCAGGGGCGUGAGCCGCGAGGAGAUCGAGCGUGAGGUGGACAUCCUGAGGGAGAUCCAGCACCCCAACAUCAUCACCCUGCACGACAUCUUCGAGAACAAGACCGACGUGGUGCUCAUCCUGGAGCUGGUGUCCGGMGGGGAGCUCUUUGAUUUCCUGGCUGAGAAGGAAUCGCUGACGGAGGAGGAGGCCACGCAGUUCCUGAAGCAGAUUCUGGAUGGGGUGCACUACCUGCACUCCAAACGCAUCGCCCACUUCGACCUGAAGCCUGAGAACAUCAUGCUGCUGGACAAGAACGUGCCAAACCCUCGCAUCAAACUCAUUGACUUUGGGAUCGCCCACAAGAUCGAGGCUGGGAAUGAGUUCAAGAACAUCUUUGGGACCCCGGAGUUUGUAGCCCCAGAAAUUGUGAACUACGAACCCCUGGGGCUGGAGGCCGAUAUGUGGAGCAUCGGGGUCAUCACAUACAUCCUGCUGAGUGGAGCCUCCCCAUUCCUGGGGGAGACAAAGCAAGAGACACUGACCAACAUCUCUGCUGUCAACUAYGACUUUGAUGAGGAGUAUUUCAGCAACACCAGCGAGCUGGCCAAGGACUUCAUCCGCCGCCUGCUCGUCAAGGACCCCAAGAAGCGGAUGACCAUCGCCCAGAGCCUGGAGCACCCUUGGAUUAAGGUGAUCAAGAGGAGGAACGUCCGCAACGAGGACAGCGGCAAGAAGCCCGAGCGGCGCCGGCUGAAGACCACGCGCCUGAAGGAGUACACCAUCAAAUCACACUCCAGCAUGCCCCCCAACAACACCUACAUCAACUUCGAGCGCUUCUCCAAGGUCAUGGAGGAGGUGGCUGCAGCCGAGGAGAGCCUCCGAGAGCUGGAGAGGAACAAGAAAUCCUUCCAGGAGGACAUCGAGGCGCUGCUGUCCAUCUACGAGGAGAAGGAGUCGUGGUACAAAGAGGAGAACGAGAGCAUCAGCCAGGACCUGCGGCAGAUCCGGCAGGAGCUGCAGAAGACGGAGGCGCUGAAGAAGCAGGCGCAGGAGGAGACCAAGAGCGUGGUGCAGGCUGCCAACGGGCUCAAGCGGCGCUACCGCAAGCUGGAGAACCACUACGAGGCCCUGGCCAAGCAGGUGGCCUCRGAGAUGAAGUUUGUGCAGGAGCUGGUGUGGUCCAUCGAGCGGGAGAAGCUGCAGAGCAGCGAGGGCGACGGCAGCAUCCGUUAAAGCGGGCGGGCGCGGGGGCUCCGGUGCUCCCCGAUCCCCCCUGGUUCUGUGCAGGGGGUGUUUGUGCACCCCACCUCGGGGGAUGGGGCUGUGCCACCCCGGGCUUUGGCUUCCUGCGUGCAGCUCCCGCCUGGCUCGUGUCCCUGUGCUCCCCGUCACCGCCGCUGCGCUUGGGGCCGUUCAUCCCCACCCCGCCCGGGUCCCCGAGCUGCCCCAGCGCCCCGUGGGGGUUUGGUGGGCAGAUCCUCCUUCUACACUCCAGCUACGAGCCCACGUGUGGGCUGGGACCAAGGACUGAUCCCUGCGUGGCCUCAGUACAGCCCCCUGUGCCCCCCAUUCCCCCCGGGGUGCUGCACCCAUUGUCCCCACACCCAGCCCUGGCUCCUCCUUUUCCCAGAAUAAACGUUCCUCUAUACUGGGGUGGCCGCCUCAGCUCCUGCCAUGGGGCAAUGGGAUUGGGACAAGCUGCUCCGUUGUGCUCCUAUCACAGAGGGAUUUCCUUCA